CUCACCACUCGACUUCAUAACCAAACCAUUCCCUUUCGCUCUUUAACCAAAAUCCAAUCUUUGAACACAAACCAAGCCCAUUUCGUGGGUUUUCCGGGAAAGCAAUUGGGUUUUUGUUUGAAAGGAAGUUAAGGGCCGUGUGAGUGCAAAAGAGGAUGGCGUUGAUGAAGCUGAGGAGGAAAGUAGAGGGGAGAGUACCAUGCUGGAGCGAUUUAGGUACUUGGCCGAAGAAGCUCCUGACGUCCUGUGAGGUGGCCUUGGUUUCUGGGUGAAUUGUUGCCGUAAACGGUAGCAACAAGCAAACAGGUGGAUGGAAGAGGCAUGGAAAAUAGAGAUGGACAACAGACAUGUAUAAAAGAGUUCGUGAUGCGACCCCAAGCAAAAGUGGAAGUUCAUGCAGUUUAGACGAGUCAAGUCCAUUGAAAAACCCCAAAAAACGCAUGAAGAAAUUAGCAUUGGCGGUUAAUGAGGAACAGACCGGUGACACUGAAAUUACCAUUAGAGGUGAUUGCCAAGAAGAUGGAAAGAAUGGAAGCUUUCAUAACAGUUCUGGUGAAGUUCCCAUUAGAAUUAGAGUGGCCGGCCGGGCAAAAGAGUUCAAACGGACUGUUGGAAAGCUGUCAAAUGAAAAGGUUUUAGCAAUCAGCGAUAUGGGAUUUGGUAAUAUUUUCAUGUUCCGGUGCAGCAAAUUGAACCUCCACCUUUGCCAAAUGUUGGUCGACAAUUUUGAUGUAGGCAGCUCGUGCAUGAAGAUUCAUGGGAGGCACUUGAUGAUCAGCCAUGAAGAUUUUAAGCGGGUAAUGAAUGUGAGGGAUGGAACUUGUGAAGUAGACCUAGCUGGUGGCUUGGAUGAUGCAAAUAUCGUGCAACUGAAGAGCAUGAUAUGUGGAAGUGAUAGUGAAAUCAGUAUUGACCGCUUGAGGAGUUUGGUUUUAGAGACCGAAAGUGCUAAUGACAUAUUUAAAAUUUCCUUCUGCUUGUAUGCCAUUGGAACUCUAUUGUGCCCAACCGGAGAUGACCAUGUUGAUCCGAGGUACCUACUACCGUUGAGGGAGCCAAGUACUAUACAUUCAAAGAAAUGGUCGAGUUAUUUCUUUAUGAAGCUAGUUGAAGGGGUGUCAUCCAAUCAGAGUAGGAGGUGUUUACUGGUAUCAGGUUGUAUUGUAUUUCUCCAGCUAUUCUACCUGGACGUAGUUGCGUACAGCCAGCUUUUUAGGAUGGUUAUGGUGUUGAACAUGACAACAUGGGAACAUGGGAAGGCAACAUGGGAAGUUAUGGUGUUGAACAUGACAAAGAGGAGGUUUGUGAAAAGGGAAAACUCAAUAUAACCAAGCCAUUUUCAAAAUGGGAUGCAUCUGAUUUGUGCGACUCACCAACCUUGGUUGAUAUAUUUGGAAUGUAUGGUGAUGGGGGACCUAGUGGAGGAAGCAAGAUGGGCUUAGUUGUUGACGAUGUGGGAGGUGAGUUGGGAGAAAUCUCAGUUUUAAAAUCUCCCGAGUCUGAUUGAUAAGGGUUGAAAUAGGAAGUAUGUCGCGGAUGAUGGAGUGAGGGUGGAUUACCGAGGUCUUUGUGGAUGCUCGUUUUGGAUGUUUUUCUCACAAUUUUUGGACUGUGAUCGACAUAGCAGGAGGCAUAUAGGCACUUCGAACUUCCGCGGCAUUUUGAUAGUUUCGUUAACACAGCCCACAUGUUCAUGGUUUAAUUGGCACAUUGAAGUUAUUGAUCAAAUGUGACCAAUCACUUUUGGAAGAUGUGAUUGACUGCAGUCUUACAUUUCUAGCAUGAUGGUACAUAAAAUUCACGUGUAAUU